GGAAGAACGGCCGCCGCGGUUGAGCAGAUCCGCGCACCCUAUGUUUUGUCGCAUGUUUGGUGACGUCCAAGAACCGACUCGAUCUAAAGUCUCCGGGGCUGAGGCCUAGAGACUUUUUAUAACCCAAAGCCUUAACGUUUGUUGUGGAUGACUGGAAAUCGAUGCCCGUUUCGAGCGGAUGUGACCCGAUGAAGCGCUUUGCCCACUGACUGAAGCAGAGACGGUCGGAAACGUCAGCCAGCUAAUCGGAGCUAACUGCUAAUUGCCAGCGAGGAAGUGAGCGACGAAGAAAAUGACAUCUCGGAGGUGGUUUCACCCCAACAUCACAGGAGUGGAGGCUGAAAACCUCCUGCUGACUCGUGGAGUCGAUGGCAGCUUUUUAGCCAGACCCAGUAAGAGCAACCCGGGAGACUUCACCCUGUCAGUACGGCGAAAUGGAGCCGUCACGCAUAUUAAAAUCCAGAACACGGGAGAUUACUACGACCUCUACGGCGGGGAGAAGUUUGCCACUCUGGCAGAGCUGGUGCAGUAUUAUAUGGAGCAUCACGGACAGCUAAAAGAGAAAAACGGAGACGUGAUAGAGCUCAAGUACCCACUAAACUGUGCCGACCCCACAUCGGAGAGAUGGUUCCACGGACACCUGUCUGGCAGGGAGGCUGAGAAGCUGCUGACAGAGAAAGGCAAGAACGGCAGCUUCCUGGUGAGAGAGAGCCAGAGUCAUCCUGGGGACUUUGUUCUGUCGGUGCGAACAGGAGAUGACAAGACGGACAGCAGCGACAGCAAGCCUAAAGUCACUCAUGUUAUGAUCCGCUGCCAGCAUGACCUGAAGUAUGACGUCGGCGGAGGGGAGAGGUUUGACUCUCUCACUGAUCUGGUAGAGCACUAUAAGAAGAACCCCAUGGUGGAAACUCUGGGCACCGUGCUUCAACUCAAACAGCCCCUGAACACUACUCGUAUUAAUGCAGCAGAGAUUGAAAGUCGAGUCAGAGAGCUAAGCAAACUAGCAGAGGCCACUGACAAGGUCAAGCAGGGCUUCUGGGAAGAAUUUGAGACAUUGCAACAACAGGAGUGCAAACUCUUGUACAGCCGCAAAGAGGGUCAGAGGCCGGAGAACAAGAACAAGAACCGAUACAAGAACAUUCUGCCUUUCGACCACACGCGAGUGGUGCUAAACGAUGGAGAUCCAAAUGAGCCUGGCUCUGACUAUAUUAAUGCCAACAUCAUCAUGGUAGUAUCCGCCACCAUGGUAAACCCACUUCAAACUCAGGAGCCGGAGAUGGACUCAAAGUGUAACAGCACCAAGGUGAAGAAGAGGUACAUUGCCACUCAGGGCUGUUUGCAGAACACCAUCAGUGACUUCUGGAGGAUGGUCUUUCAGGAGAACUCUCGAGUCAUCGUCAUGACCACUAAAGAGGUGGAGAGAGGAAAGAGUAAGUGUGUAAAAUACUGGCCCGACAUGUCUGCUCUGAAGGAGUACGGUGCCAUGCGCGUCCGCAAUGUCAGGGAGACUGCUGCACACGACUACAUCUUACGAGAACUCAAACUUUCCAAAGUCGGUCAGGGCAACACGGAACGUACAGUUUGGCAGUACCACUUCAGGGCCUGGCCAGACCAUGGAGUCCCCACCGACCCAGGCGGUGUGCUGGACUUCCUGGAGGAGGUCAACCUGAAACAGGAGAGCAUCCUGGAUGCUGGCCCUAUCGCGGUGCACUGCAGUGCAGGGAUCGGGAGGACGGGGACAUUUAUAGUGAUAGACAUCCUGAUAGAUGUGAUUAGAGAAAAAGGGGUGGACUGUGACAUCGACGUGCCAAAAACCAUCCAGAUGGUUCGUUCUCAGCGCUCGGGGAUGGUGCAGACCGAGGCUCAGUACAGAUUCAUCUACAUGGCCGUACAACACUAUAUAGAAACACUGCAGAGACGCAUAGAGGAGGAGCAGAAAAGCAAGAUUAAGGGGCGCGAGUAUACCAACAUUAAAUACUCUUUGUCUGACCUGACUGGAGGAGAGCAGAGCCCUUUGCCUCCCUGCACUCCUAUUCCCACUCCCACCUGCACAGAGAUGAGGGAGGACAGUUCCAGGGUGUAUGAGAACGUGGGUCUGAUGCAGCAGCAGAAGAGCUUCAGAUGAGAUUCACGUUUGGACACAGGGCUUCAGAAGUUCAAGGAUCUCGAUCGCUUGACGCCUGAGACUUGACUGUAAUCACACGGAACAAUGACAAAAAAAAGCAAACGGACCAGAAGUCAGGGUCCUCCUCCUUUUCUCGCUCAUCUGACAUGAACACUUUCCCUCGAGUUGAAUCCUAAACCACUGUGAUCAACAGCAGAGCCAAAUCCCCACAAAACCACAGUUUGGGUUUGUACACGUCGUCCCAACAAGGGCUGCAAACAGCAGGCACAAUCCUCAGAGGGAAACCCAGCUAACCUUUUGCUCACCUGUAGUUUGGAUGUUUUAUUUUCAUUAACCAAGAGAAAAAUGUGUGGGUUGUGUUGUAGAUGAAAGUGAGGAGGUUCCUGUAGUAGGUCCAGAUUUCGAAGCCAGUGUCUCCUCCAUCUGUUAAGAGUUUAAGAAGACGAGACCUUGUUUGGGGACGGAAGCGGUUUCAGUUAUACAAAGUUCCUGAAUGAAGAAGUACCGGCGUCGUAGUGUGAAACCACAUUCACUAAUGAUCCACUCACUUCUCAACACAAAUUCCUUUCCUUUUGCACCGGAACUGCCUCAAAGAGAAACUUCAAUCCAGGCCGUUCGAAGAGCGAACUAACGUUUUUGUUUUCUAACCCACCUCAGUGUUUCUGUUGGUUUCACUGCGCCUGUUAUGUAACCAUUCCUGAGCUCGAGCCGAAUGUCCUUAAUGCUGCACUUUUGUUUAGCGGCGUACACUUGGAGUCGAGCCUUGAUUCGCUGGAUGGUUUUAUAAACGAUCACAUCCAAGGUUUGGGAGGGAGUUUUGAGCUUUCAUGCACUUCUUCAUUAAGUUUGGUGUGACGACAUCCAGAUUUCAGGGAAGUCUCUGUAUCAUAGACUCACUAGAGACGGCUGCCAAAAAGAAAAGUUGAAGUUUUAUUAGUGUUUUUUUUUUUUUUUUCUAAGUGCGUAUUACAUUUGUUUUUCAUUCAUGUUCUUUAAAAGACGAUUGCCUUUUGUGUACCGUUGCCUAUUUCCAGCACCACAUGUGCUUAAUUUUUAAGAGUCACUGUUGUAAGAAGCAAUCACAUUUCUCAGCUUUGUGGAUUAGUCGUGGUGGUGGUUGUAGAUUUCACGUGCACACACAAGCAGACAGGUUUCUGUAGGACGGCGUCUUCCUGUCCUCUUCAUGGUAUUCAAACAGUUUGACACGUAGCUUGGCUUAAAGACUGGAAGAGGGGAAGCCAUCCUUCAUCCACUGCAUCUAAAGCUACUUGUGUCUCCUUGUGUUCCUUUACAGUAGUAAAUUAACAGCUUUGAAGGACGUACGUCUAAACGCUUUUUGCAAUGGCUUCUUGGUGAAAACCCACCUGUGCGUUACCCGAUGGGAGAUUCUCUAGGAUGCAGCAGCUGUUGGAAAGGGAGACGCUGGGUUGUUGCUAGCAAUAAUGUAUGAAACGGCAUUAAAUCCAGUGAGGUUGGGUUUGAUGGGGCGUUUAGAGGCCGUUUCAAUCCAGGCUUAGAAACUAGGUAUUAAAAAGCUGCAAGAGAAAACCACAGACUGGGGGAAAAAAAAAAACUCCAUGUGUGUAUUUCAAAGCGUCUCGACGCUGUGCUGAGGUGGCGAGUGUUCAGCAGCAGGGGCCAAACUAGUGGCACCUUUUGUUUCCCAGCUUCUGCACAAGCGCUGGCAUCGCCGCGCCUUGACAAGCCACAGUCUCCUAACUGGACCGGCUCUGUCUCUGAGCGGAGGGGAGCCGCGUCGCUCUUAGCCUCGGCACUGCCAUCAGCCUCCGGUGGUCCGGGCCCGAGCGGCCGCUGCCGCCUCCUCCUCCUCCUCCUCUCACUGGACGCAUCGCUCAUCUGCUGCAAGUGUUCUUUUAAACCGCAUCCAACGGCUUAGUGUGGUCCAUGAGUGGACAGAGGGUGUGUGUGUGUGUGUGUGUGUGUGUGUGUGCGCGCGCGCGCUGAGAGUGCAGCUGUCAUGGUGCAUAGACGUGCCUUCUAUGUACACGCCUGUGUGACACACGUACAACAACCUGCUACACCGAAAUGUGAAAUGUUCCAUCCUGAACAAAAAUGGAAAGAUGGUGACGGCAAUGCAAACUAUAUUUUUAACAUGUAUAUUGUACAGGAGUACUGGGUAGAGGAGAAUGUACUUACUAAAACAUAUCUACUUGCCAAUAAGAAAUACUGUAUGUAUAUUCCUACAGCUUUCUCUGUGACACAGGGGCUUGAGGUCUAUUGUAUGACUUUGGAUGCAGUUAACCAUGUUAACUUCCUCAAUAACAAUAAACGGUUGCUCACA